AUGGCAGUCAAAGGAAGGAAGUCAUGGCUGGCCGCACAAUUCACUGCGGGCAAAAUUAUGUUUUACAGCUUCUUCCAUGGCCUGCAUAUAUUCCUCUUCGUUCUAGGAUGGUGGCUACAGGUUCGGGAUCCAAGGCUAGCACCCCUCAAUACACUUCAGUUCAGCGUAUGGAUGUCUCGAGGAGCUGGACUAUGUCUAACAGUUGACGUUCUGCUGAUCCUUCUUCCUAUGUGCCGGAACGUUCUCAAAGUCAUUCGGCCGAAGAUAAAAUGGCUGCCCUUGGACGAAAGCCAAUGGUUCCACCGACAGGUCGCUUACAGCAUGCUCCUUUGGACGAUGGUACAUACGGCUGCACACUACGUGAAUUUCUUCAACGUAGAACGAUCACAGAUCAGGGCAGAGGCGGCCGUGCAAAUCCAUUACACCCAAGCCGGCGGGAUUACCGGACAUGUCAUGCUACUUUGCAUGCUGCUGAUGUAUACAACAUCCCACGCCAAAAUCCGUCAGCAAAGCUAUGAGACGUUUUGGUAUACGCACCACCUGUUUAUCCCCUUUUUUCUGGCAAUGUAUACCCAUGCUACAGGCUGCUUUGUUCGUGAUAGCGUGGAGCCGCACUCUCCAUUCGCCAAGCAGUAUUGGACUCACUGUAUUGGGUAUAAUGGCUGGCGGUGGGAACUCGUUGGAGGAGGACUCUAUCUGUGCGAAAGAGUAUGGCGGGAGAUCAGGUCAAGACGAGAGACAGAGAUCAUCAAGGUCGUCAAGCACCCAUUCGAGGCCGUCGAGAUCCAGUUCCGGAAACCAAGCAUGAAGUAUAGAGCCGGACAAUGGCUCUUUUUGAACGUGCCCUCGAUCAGCGGGAACCAAUGGCAUCCAUUCACCAUCACCUCUUGUCCGUUUGAUCCCUACAUCAGCGUCCACGUAAGACAGGUGGGCGACUUCACCAGAGCGCUAGCGAACGCACUGGGCGCUGGUCCAGAGCAGCAGAAGUUGUACGACGAGCUAGACCCCUAUGGCAUGUUUGAGGUUGCAUUGCAGAACGGACAGGAAAUGCCCAAGCUCCGCAUAGACGGCCCAUAUGGAGCGCCAGCGGAAGAUGUGUUCGAUAAUGAGAUAUCCAUUCUGAUCGGUACCGGCAUUGGCGUGACACCCUGGGCAGCCAUCUUGAAGAACAUCUGGCAUAUGCGUUUGCAGCCAAAUCCACCACGAAGGCUUCGAAGAGUCGAGUUCAUCUGGAUCUGCAAGGACACAACCUCCUUUGAAUGGUUCCAGGCGCUUCUGUCAAGUCUUGAAGCGCAGAGCAUGAGCAUGACUGGCGCUGGAAGCCAGACAGAGUUCUUACGCAUCCACACCUAUCUCACCCAGAAGAUGGACGUAAAUACCGCACAGAACAUUGUUCUGAAUUCCGUGGGCACAGAAAAGGACCCUCUGACAGAGUUGGCUAGCCGCACCAACUUUGGUCGGCCAGAUUUCAAUCGCUUGUUCGUUGGAAUGCGAGAAGGCAUUCUAAACCAGAGUUACAUCGACGGGUUGGACAAACGCGGUCGAACGGACGUCGGAGUGUACUUCUGCGGUCCUAAUGUGGCUGCGCGAGAGGUGAAGAGCGCGUGCAAGGAGGCCACUGCAAAGGAUGUCAAGUUCAAGUUCUGGAAGGAGCAUUUCUGA